AUGCCACUACCAAAUUCCAGAAGUCUAGCAUUAAAAGAAAUUAUUAAAGAUCUCCAAAAAAAUAGCUCAACAAAUAGCGAAGUAGAAAAAGAAAAUUUAUUACCAGUAAGCCCAACCGACCAGAAAGAACCGAUAGAAAAUCAAGUUGUACCUUCUACUUCAAAAAGAAACAUAUCUUUAAAUGAACGUGCUUACAAUGUACACCAAAGUUUACGUGAAAAAGGAUUAUCCUACACUUUUGAUGAAAAGUCUGAUCAAGGUUUUUCGCCUGCUUCCGAUGAUGAUAGGGAGUAUAUACCCCCAUCUAUAGCUGACAGUUCGUCUUCAGACGAUGAUUUCAAGCGACAAAAUAAACAAAAACAACAUAAAACUUACCUCUCUCAGCCAAUCAAAUCUUUGGAAGAAACAAAGUGUCCAAUUAAAUCCGUCUCGUCAAGAUCAACUUCUGUGUCGUCGUCUUCUAAUACUUCGAAAUCCAACUCUAACACCAGCUCCGAUUCCAGCUCCGAUUCCAGCUCAGAUUCUAGUUCAGAUUCUUCUAGCUCAGAUUCCGAGUCUGAUUCCUCAAAAUGUAAAAAAAAUAGUAAUUUUGUUCCUUCACCAGCUAAAUUAAAACGCUAUAGUUCUCCGGUUGUAAAUACUUACCCCCCUCAACCAAAAACUUCAUCAAACUCAAUGCAAUUAGCCGAAAAAUCUGUAUCAUCAGAUUCAGAAGAUUACACAUCUCAUUUUAAGGAAGUUUCUUCCAUAAAAUCAAAUAUUAAUACAAAUAACAUUUCUGGACACAUCCCUCUUUCUGAAAAUUUACUUAACAUCAGUCCAAGUGCUUUAAAUUUAUCUACAGAAAUUUCAACGGAUGUCCGAAAAUUCCAUAACUCGAAUGAACCGUUACCACUAAAAGUUCUUGCACAGAAAAUUGUCACCUCAUUAAUUACACAUCAACAAUCUUAUUUGUCUGCUUCUCGUUCAGCGGAGUGCCAAAAUUCUAACUCUUCUCCUAAAAAGACACGCAAAAGAAAACGAGGAAUAAACAAAAAAGCCUUGGCAAAAACAUUGCGCAAUUUAGGGCAAUCAUAUACAUCUACCUCAAAUGUUGUUAAAUCUUGUAGAAAAAUAGGAAAUCCUUGCGGUGAUGGUUGCCGACAAAAAUGUAAGGAGAGGAUUUCGGAGGAACAGCGUCAAAUUAUUUUUAAACGAUACUGGAGCAUGGGAUCUCUAGUUAAACAAAGAGAAUUUAUAUCCAGACAUAUUAGGGAAAUCAAGCCUAAAUACCAAUACAAAAAAAAUUGA